GUUCACACUCACAGGAGUUGUCUCCACUUGGCCUGUGCCAAUGGCCAUGAAGAUAUGGUGAAGCUCCUGGUAGAUCGGAAAUGCCAGCUAAACCUCCGUGAUGUUGAAAACACGACCGCUCUACUGAAGGCUGUACAAUCCCAAGAUGAGGCCAGUGUAGAUAUUCUGCUGAAACAUGGUGCUAAUCCUGAUCUAAAAGACAUCAAGGGCAACACUGCUCUCCAUUAUGCAGCAUUAGGGGACAAUGUCACAAUAGCACAGAAACUACUUUUAAAGAAAGUCAAUAUGGAGAUCAGAAACAAGGAUGGCCUCACACCGCUUUUACUUGCUAUAAAUGAAAAAAAAGAGAAAAUGGUGGCAUUUUUAGUAGAAAAAGCAAAUAUAAAUGCAGUUGACUACGCUAAAAGAACUGCUCUCCACUUGGCCUGUGCCAUUGGCCGUGAAGAUAUGGUGAAGCUCCUGUUAGAUCGGCACUGCCAGCUUAACCUCCGUGAUGGCGAAGACAGGACAGCUCUCGUGAAGGCUAUACAAUGCCAAGAAGAGGCAUGUGUAACUCUUCUCCUGGAACACGGUGCUGAUCCUAAAGUGAAAGACAACAAGGGCAACACAGCUCUCCAUUAUGCAGCCCAUGAAGGGAUUGUCUCAAUAGCAGAGAAGCUGCUUUUACAAAACGCAAAUAUAGAGGCCAAAAACAUGGAUGGCCUCACACCAGUUUUAGUUGCUCUAAAUGAAAACAAAGAGCAAAUGGUGAAAUUUUUAGUAGGAAAAGGAGCACGUCUAAUUUCAGGGGAUACGGUUAAAAGCAGUGACCAACUAAUUUCUGAACAUGAAGAAGAAAUGAAACCUGAAAAUUCUUCACAGAAUCAUGAUCUAGUGGCUAAGAAGUCUGAAGAAGUCUCUUUAAGCAGUCGUACCCGCAAAGCUGAUACUGAUGAUUCAAGGCCUUCAAAACAUGAGGACUUAAGUUCUGGUACCAAGACUGUCCCGAAACUAAACUUAAGAAAGCAAAUGGCUGCUUUUCUGCAACCCAAGAAAGCAAAAUGUGGUCUUGUGAGCCAAGAAGAUAGACCUUUAUUUGCUGACAACAAUUUUGCAAGGGAAGAUAAGACUGAAACUCUCUGUAAACCAUCAGUCAAUGUCUCUGACUAUUCUCCUCUUGCUUUUGUAUUACCCGAAACUCCUCAAACGUCUUUAGCAAUGCUUGGUGUUACAAAGAUUCUCCUGGAAAAGAUCUUCUUCACUGGGAGACAGGGUGAUAGAUCUGUACAUUCAGAACAUCCUCGUGUGCACAAGAAGUAUGAGGAGAUACAGAUGAAACAAGGCAAAUUAGAUUGGAAAAAUAAUGUGAAACGCAUGAGCAGAGAGUUAAAGCAGAAGAUUGGUAAAACUUGUGAAAAGUACCAAAUUAUUACUCAUCCUAAGUUAGAACCACUACGUGGUAAUUCUAAAGAAACAGACUUAAAGGAAAUACCUCCUAAUGUGACAAAAGUUACACUUGAUUGUGAGGAAAAAGAUGAAUUUGGAGUGUCUGUCUCUGUAGUACCUCAGGCCUUUCCUGAACAAAAAGAGCCUAUUCUCGAAAAUGCUAUUCUCUCUCAUUCAUACUCUGGGUCCCCAGACUAUGCUUGCCAGUCAUCUUCUAAGCUUUCUUCCCAUGAAAAUGAUAACAAACCAGGUGAGCAUGUUUUUAACAAAAAUGAGAGUCUUGAUAGCGAUCCAGAAAAUAAAAAAGUAAGGAACCCACUAGUUACAUUUGAAGUGAAAGAAGACCAAGAGUUUGACAUGCAGAUGGCCAAAAGUUUGAACCAAAAUACCACCAAUAGUAAAUUAGACACUGGAUAUAUCCCUCCGUAUAGUGACCCAGAAAGCCUUUUUGAUUUGCGGCUUGCCCACUCCAAUGUGGCGAAACAAAUGAUUCAGAAGAAAAGGCAUGAUACUUCUGCUAUUACAAACACUUACAAGAAAACAAAACCAAUACAAGACUCUUUCCAGAAGCCAUUAGAUGCAGAUAAUGACAGUACUAAUAACUAUAAAAGUACGGAACCUGCAUUAGAAAAUACUGGAAAAGAAAGGAAGCAGCACACGAGUAAUAAAAUGGAAGGAGCAGAAAACAUAUAUGAUGCUGCUGCUGCUGCUGCUGCUCCUGCUCUUGGUACUGCUCUUGCUGUUGCUGCUGCUGCUGCUGCUCCUGCUGCUGAACUAAUUCAACAAAGAAAGACUGGAGAAACUGAUAACCACCUGUUUCCUACUACGCAGAAUGAAGAUUCUGAUAGUAAUGAUCCUGGUUUGUCUAUCAUGGAAAUAAAGAAAGAUAAAAAUGUAAAGUGGGCAUCAAAAGCAUCUGUGAUUACACCAGGCUUUGAGGAGGCCGAUUCCCUAACUGGUAGUCUACUAUGAGUGAGUAAUGACAACAGUCUAAGUGAAAUGGAUCAGGAUGAAAGAAGACCUGCAAAGAAAACAUCUAAGGAAAAGAACAAGGUCAAAAAGCAAGUGAAUUCUGCGGAGCAUCUUGAUGACGAGCAUCUUGAUGACUUAACUCAGUCAUCUGAAGCAGCUUCAGAGGAUUGCAAGUUGCAAUACUCUGAUUAUAAGAGUUCCCUGUUGCUCAUUGAACUUGGCAUGGAUUGUAAAGAUUCUGUUAGCGUAUUGACAAUCCAGAAUGCAAUUCUUAAAUACAAAAGAUCAAUAGAAUUAAAAAGAAAAGACUGUGAACAACUUACAAUAAAACUUUUAAAAGUGGAAUAUAAGGUCAAUGGACUAGAAAAGUUGCUAUCAGAAAAAAAAGAAAUCUCAGAGCAUCAAAAAGUGGAAUGGGAACGAGAACUCUACAGUUUAAGAUUGACCUUAAAACAAGAAAAAGAAAAAAGAAGAAGUGCUGAAAUUUUAUAUAUAAAUAUAAAGGAGCAAUUAAGAAGUAAAGAAGAGCUGAGUGAAGUUUCUCCUCCUCAUGAAAAAGAAAAAGGUCUGUUACAUGAAAACCGCAUGUUGCAAGAUGAACUUGCCAUGCUAAGACUGGAAAUAGACACAAUAAGGAAUCAGAAGCAGGAAAAGAGGUAUUGUGAAGACACUGAAACUGAAAAAGAAAAGAAUGACAGUCUUCAAAACGCCAUAAAACUGAAUGAGGUAACAUUAACAAAUACAGUAUUCCAAUCUAGUGGGCAGCUGAAUGUUGUGACAACUGAGAAUACCAUGCUGAACUCUAAAUUGCAGGAUGAAAAGCUAAACAGAGAAAGACUGGAAGCAAAACUUCAAUCAUACCGAGCUAGACUCGCUACAGCUAUACAGGAUCGUGAUCAAAGUCAGGCAUCAAAAAGAGACCUAGAACUUGCUUUCCAGAGAGCAAAAGAUGAGUGGUGUCAUUUACAGGACAAAAUGAACUUUGAGAUGUCUAACCUAAAAGAUAACAAUGAGGUGCUUUCUCAGCAACUUUCUGAAGUCGAAAGUAAAUUUAAUGCCCUAGAAAUUGAGCUCCAGCAUACAAGAGAUGCUCUCAGAGAAAAGACGUUGGCUUUAGAACAUUUACAAAGAAACCCAAAACAAACACAGGGUCAGAAGAAGGAAAUUGAGCAGAAAUCUCAAAACGAACACGGUAAAGUGAAUAAAUACAUUGGAAAGCAUGAAUCCUUAGAAGAGAAAUUAUCUCAACUACAAAGCGAAAAUAUGUUGCUCCGAGAGCAACUAGAUGAUGCCUACAGCAGAGUGGAAUGUAAAGAAAAGACUAUAAUUGAUCUCAAAGACCAGGUUCAGGUUAUUGUAAGAAUGGUUCGAGUUGCAGGUGAAAAACGAAAUCUUCUACUGCGAGAAAAAAAUAAGGAGUUAAUCAAUAAAUGUAAACAGAUAAUGGAAAGAGCAUUUAGAUAUGAAGAUGAGAAAGAAGAAAGAGAACUACAAGAAGCAAAGGAGUUACAAACAAAGAUUGUAAGGUGCAUUCAGAAGUUCAGAGAUGACAUAAAAAAGCUUGAAGUUGAAAAUGCCGAGUUAAAAGUUACAGUCAAGGAGCAAGCAGGCCAAAUUGAACAGCUUCAGAAAGACCUGUUAAGUUCAAGUUCGUGUGGUGAUGAAAAGGAAAACCUAAAGAAAUGUAUGGAGUUAAAACAGCCUUUGCAGUUCAGGUUGGAUCAAGAAGUGAAGAAAAAUGAGGAAUUAGAAAAAGAGACUACUGGGCUUAAGAACCACUUAAUAAACAUGUUAAGAAGGAUGUUAAGUAAAUAUGAAAAUGGAGAGCUUCCUUUCUAUGGAGAUUUAAAAACCAGUCAAACGGAAAUGGAAAUUCAGAUUAAUAUGCUAAGACAGAAGAUUGGUGAUCUUAGAGCAAGAUUGGAAACUGAAUCUUCAAGAUGUAUAGACCUGGAUGCAAAAAAUCAAGUUCUUCAACAGGAGUUAUUAUCUAUGAAAGCAACAGGGAGGGAAUGUGAAAAACUAAAACAGAUUAAAAAGAACUUGGAAGAAAAAGUAGUAAACCUCAGAAGUCAUGCAGAAGUCAAUGUGGUACAAGGCAUUCAAGUAGAAAAGUAUUAUAAAUGGGAGAUUGACCAGAGAGUAAGAUUGAUUGUAGAAGAAAGAUUAAAAGAAGUCAAUCUAUUUUUACAGAGACAAGCAGCAUCUCAAGAAAACUUAGAGCAGUUAAGAGCAAGUCAUGAUGCUUCAAUAAGAAGUCAAGUGGCACUCAGAAUUAAAGAGCUGGAAUCUGAACUUCAAUCCCAAAUAAGAAAUUCUCAGGAACUUAAAAUAGAAUUGGAAAAGUACAGGCAACUCUACCUAGAAGAAUCAGAAAUGCGAAUGUCAUUGACAAAAAAACUGAGCAAGACUAAUGAGAGGCUGGCAGAUAUCACUACCAAAUAUCUGGUGGAGAGACAGCAGAACAGACCUUUCCAUAGCACUCUUACUAUGGGACCAGUCUUGGAAGGGCCUUAUGUUGGAAAUUUGACUAGUAGUUUACUGCUGGAUAGAAAUGUUACUCCAAGAGAAAAUGUAAUGAUUCCUACCUCAAGGCCGCAGACUUCAGUUAGCAGCAUUGAAACUCACUUGUUCAAGAUGCAGCAGAUGUUGGAAGACAGUAUAAUCAGAGAACUAAAAGAAGUUGCUCAUGAUUGAGAAUCAGGAUUCUGUAGAUCUUCUCCUUUAGGACCUACUGACGAAUCAAAUGUAAAUCAAGAUCUAGUACUGCAAGCAUCACAAGAAUAUGUAGAGAUUUUGAAUAGAAAGUAUAUGAUCUGAAAGAUAUAUAGUAAAAGUUUAUUACCUAGAUGUUUAAUAUAACAUUUUAAUUGUUUCCCAGUAAAUAUCUGAUGUACAAAAAAUCUUUAUUAAAGGAAAUUUUGUUAUAUCGUGUGUAA